GUGUGUAUAUAUAUAUAUAAUCAUUAAUAACCCUUUGAGACUUAUGGUUUCACUUAUCCUAAUUCUACCCAGCACCAGUUGUAGUUAAACGAACUAGUUUGAUUUCGUUUGUGUCUGUCUGCUCAUAAUGUGUGUUUACAUCAUUUGGGGUUUUCAUGCAGUUUGUUACCACAUCUUCUUUUAAUUGAACUUGAGACAGAUGGAUAAGUUGACUCUACAGCUUCCUUCUGGAAUAGCAUCAUUUUGUCAUCGAUAUCCCCCAGCUAACUGGCGUCAAUUUGCUAAUAUAUUCCUCAAAACUGAAGAAUCUCUUGUCGAUUAUGCCAAAUUUUGUUCCUCAGUAAUGGACAUCUACUCAUCUCUGGUCGUGUCUACUGCCAGUGAAAAUGAGGUUUCUUUUGGGUGGAUAUGUGGUGAAGAUUUAAACUAUUUUAAGAGAUAUUACUUCAAUGCUUUUGUGCUGUCUUCUGGUCCUAUGCAGCAUGAUACCAGACUUGUUGACAUGAUAAGUGGUGGCUUUGAAGGUUUAUCUCUGCCAAAAGGAACUCGUUUGGAUCACCUACUACGUUAUACCUCAUACUUAAGGGAAUUGCAUUACGUUCACAAAAAUUAUGCAUGCAGAAAAAUCCUUGCCAAAUGUGAUUUUAUAGAGUGGGACAGUGAUUUUGAUGAAAUAUUUCAAAGACUUAAGUCAGAGAAGAAAUGGUCCGAAUUCUCCGAUGUCAGUCUUAAGACUGCUUUGAUUGAACAUUUCUCCCUCCUUCAUAAGUUGAAUGAUAAUUUGGAUAUUAGCGUUGGCAACAUGUCUGAGAUUUCGAGCCAGGGCGAUAGCAUAUUGGAGGCAAUCACCAAGGAUUAUUCUGAAGAACUUUCUCGUUUAACCAAGGGAAUCGCGGAGGUGAGGAUGAAAAAUUACGUUGACCACUUGGAAUUCAAGAGUCUCGUGAAUAAAUGCGCUGCUCAGGCCAAAGCUUUAAGUACUGAAGUCAUUGCAAAGGACUGUGCCUUGAACCCCCAGAAGCUGUUUCGCCUAAAAGAUAGAGCAAUGACUGCUGAGAGUUGGAUGCUGGAAAAAUUUUCCAGACUCAAAGGUCGAGUGAGAGGGAAUUAUGUGGGCCCUUUUACUAGAGGUGUGCCAGCAUUUCUUUUGUUAGCUGCGUUAUCUGUCGCUGCACUAGGUACUCUGGAAGACAGAAAGGCCUGAAGAUAAGGAAAUGCAGGGCUAGGGCUGUUUAUGUUUUUGUGAAAAGAUAAUUAUUCUCUGAUUAAGAUUUACUUCUGGUGUCAUAGUGGUGUGUAAUGCAUAUAUAUAUAUAUUAUAUUUAUUUGUUAUUUUAGUUUGACUAAGUUGACCAGGGCUGUUCAUGUUUCUACGGAAGAUAUUUAUUCCCUAUUUAGGGGUUACUUCUGCUGUUGCAGUGUUCUUUGUAAAUGCAUAUAUAAUUGUCAUUUAAGUUUGACUAAUUUACUCGAUUAGGCUUUUAAAAGCUUGUUUAUACAAAA